UAGACACUGCUCAUAGAGCACAUCAAGGAUGUUGAGUCAAGUCUACCGCUCCGGGUUCCAGCCCGUCCACCAGCAUCUCCUGUCCUGGGUCCAGUCCACAAUGCUUUCCAGAUCUCAUCGUGUCCAGCCUUCAGCCAUCAGACAUGUUCGUUCCUGGAGCAACAUACCAUUUAUCACGGUACCCCUCAGCCGUGCACACGGCAAGUCUUUUGCCCACCGCAGUGAGCUGAAGCAUGCCAAGAGAAUCGUGGUGAAACUUGGAAGUGCUGUUGUGACCCGAGGGGAUGAGUGUGGCCUGGCACUGGGCCGCCUGGCAUCUAUUGUUGAGCAGGUAUCAGUGCUGCAGAAUCAAGGCCGAGAAAUGAUGCUGGUGACCAGUGGUGCUGUGGCUUUUGGCAAGCAACGCUUGCGCCAUGAGAUCCUUCUGUCACAGAGUGUGCGGCAAGCCCUGCACUCAGGGCAGAACCAGCUGAAGGAGAUGGCAAUUCCCGUCUUGGAAGCACGAGCCUGUGCAGCCGCCGGACAGAGUGGGCUGAUGGCCUUAUAUGAGGCCAUGUUCACCCAGUACAGCAUCUGUGCUGCUCAGAUUUUGGUGACCAAUUUGGAUUUCCAUGAUGAGCAGAAGCGCAGGAACCUCAAUGGAACUCUUCAUGAGCUCCUACGAAUGAACAUCGUCCCUAUUGUCAACACAAAUGAUGCUGUUGUACCCCCAGCAGAGCCCAACAGUGACCUCCAGGGGGUAAAUGUUAUUAGUGUUAAAGAUAACGAUAGCUUGGCUGCCCGGCUGGCUGUGGAAAUGAAAACUGACCUCUUGAUUGUUCUCUCAGAUGUAGAAGGUCUCUUUGACAGCCCACCAGGGUCAGAUGAUGCAAAACUCAUUGAUAUAUUUUAUCCUGGAGAUCAGCAGUCUGUGACAUUUGGAACCAAGUCAAGAGUGGGAAUGGGAGGCAUGGAAGCCAAGGUGAAAGCUGCCCUCUGGGCUUUGCAAGGUGGUACUUCUGUGGUUAUUGCCAAUGGAACCCACCCAAAGGUGUCUGGGCAUGUCAUCACAGACAUUGUAGAGGGAAAGAAAGUUGGCACCUUCUUUUCUGAAGUGAAACCUGCAGGGCCAACCGUCGAGCAGCAGGGAGAAAUGGCCCGAUCUGGAGGAAGGGCACUGGCCACGUUGGAGCCUGAGCAGAGAGCAGAUAUUAUCCAUCAUUUGGCUGAUCUAUUGACGGACCAGCGUGAUGAGAUCUUGUUAGCCAACAAAAAAGACUUAGAAGAGGCAGAGGGGAGACUCGCAGCGCCUCUGUUGAAACGUUUGAGUCUCUCCACAUCUAAACUGAACAGCCUGGCCAUCGGCCUACGGCAGAUUGCAGCCUCCUCACAGUGUAGUGUGGGACGCGUUUUGCGCCGGACCAGAGUUGCCAAAAAUUUGGAACUAGAACAAGUGACUGUCCCAAUAGGAGUUUUGCUGGUGAUCUUUGAAUCUCGCCCUGACUGUCUACCCCAGGUGGCAGCCUUGGCUAUUGCAAGUGGUAAUGGCUUGUUACUCAAAGGAGGGAAGGAGGCUGCACACAGCAACCGGAUCCUUCAUCUCCUGACCCAGGAGGCCCUUUCAGUCCAUGGAGUCAAGGAAGCAGUACAGCUGGUGAAUACCAGAGAAGAAGUAGAAGAUCUUUGCCGUCUAAACAAAAUGAUAGAUCUAAUCAUUCCACGUGGCUCUUCCCAGCUCGUCAGAGACAUCCAGAAAGCUGCUAAGGGAAUUCCAGUGAUGGGGCACAGUGAAGGAAUCUGCCACAUGUACGUGGAUGCAGAGGCCAGUGUUGAUAAAGUCACCAGACUGGUCAGAGACUCUAAAUGCGAAUAUCCAGCUGCCUGUAAUGCUCUAGAGACUCUGUUAAUCCACCGAGAUCUACUGAGAACACCAUUAUUUGACCAGAUCAUUGAUAUGCUGAGAGUAGAACAGGUGAAAAUUCACGCAGGCCCCAAGUUCGCCUCCUAUCUGACCUUCAGCCCCUCCGAAGUGAAGUCACUCCGAACUGAGUACGGGGACCUGGAAAUGUGCAUUGAAGUGGUGGACAGUGUCCAGGAUGCCAUUGACCACAUCCAUAAGUACGGCAGCUCCCACACGGACGUCAUUGUCACAGAAAACGAGAAAACAGCAGAGUUCUUCCUCCAGCAUGUGGACAGUGCCUGUGUGUUCUGGAACGCUAGCACUCGCUUCUCUGAUGGAUACCGCUUCGGAUUGGGAGCUGAAGUGGGCAUCAGCACAUCGAGAAUCCAUGCCCGGGGGCCAGUAGGACUCGAGGGACUUCUUACUACCAAAUGGCUGCUGCGAGGGCAGGACCACGUGGUCUCAGAUUUCUCAGAACAUGGAAACUUAAAAUAUCUUCACGAGAACCUCCCAGUUCCUCAGAGAAACACCAACUGAAAGCAAUCAGAAGAAAGUGAGGAAACCUAGGAAUGUUCCGAGGUCUUCACAGUUUAAAUUGUCUGAGAAUCUCAGGGGAUAAGCCAGCUCUUGUCUUCACUCCUGGAAGGGCCUGUUGUUGGAAAGGGCUCCUAGAUGCUUCUGGGCUCAGUUUGGCCACAUCAGUGUUGGUUCAUGUACGUGUUCUAGCUUGCCCUCUUCUCUUUUCUUUUUCAUUUUUAAGUUAGAAAGUAUUUGCUAAGGAUAGAAACUUUGCUUCACUGCUACAGGUAGGGCAUGUUCGUACAGUCCAGUGCCCCCUGGUCAUAGAAACAAAAAGGUACUGUUUCCCAUGUGAAAGGCCGUGGGAAAUCAUGGACGCUCUUUACCUUUUUAUCUCCUCAGUGAGGUGGAGUCUCCCUCAGCAUAUGGUGGGCCCCAGAGCUGCUCAGACCUGAUACAUCUUUCCACAUUUUAUUUCUUUCACUCUCACAGUCAGCUUCAAAAAGGAGAAAUUUGGAAUUUUAGGGCAGCUCUUUUUAGCUUUCUCAUCAGAAACAUUCACAACAUGGACUGGAUCAUUUCCACUGGGAAGAUCCACUUUUUGUCUUUAUUGGUGGAGCAAACAUAGAAGCAUUCCAGAUGCCUACAGCCACUCCAGACCUAGGAGCUUCUUCCCUGCUGUGAUGGACUGGAACCUGGAGCUGCAGGUGGGAGGUACGAGGCUCCAGAUGAGGCAUUUACUGCAAUUAUGCUUGAAAUUUUUAUAUGAAUUAUUUUGUCAUCCUAUCCUUCCCUCCAAAAACAAAAAUUAGAGGAUUAUUUUAAUACUGUGGAUUCUUCCCCAAUUUUUGAAAAGUAAAGUUCUUAUGAAAAGCCA